GGUUUGUAUGGCGGUCACCAUCAUGGUGUCAAUAUAUCUCCUAAUGAUGAUUUGUAUGUUUUCCCAUGCGUACGAAAACAUUGCUCUCAACAAACCGGCAUGGCAACAUCGUCAGUACAACCCAGAUAACGAUGUAUUCCAUGCAAGUAAUGCAGUGGAUGGACUGAAAUCUGACCUCAGCGCCUGGGGAGGACAGUGUGUCGUAUCGGCUAAUAAACGACAGACAGCCACAUGGGGAGUGGACCUAAAGGACAUCCUCAGUAUACAUCACAUUACCAUUUAUUACAGGACGGACAAUGUUGCAUGGGGUCCAAAAAAUGCUUAUGGUGGAAGAUUUUUGGGCUUUUCGUUAUACAUAUCAAACACAACUGACAAAACACAGGGAGAAUUGUGUUUCCACGACACAAACUACACAAGGGAUACCAUACCUGCCGUCCUUAACGUCACGUGUCCAGUGCACGGACGAUACGUCAUCUACUACAAUGAAAGAAAACAAAGAGUGAUCUACCCUGCUGGAUAUAGUACCAACGCAUUUAAUGAACUCUGUGAGGUAGAGGUGUACGGAUGUCAUAAUUCUGGAUAUUACGGAGAAAAGUGUUCCCGUCCGUGUCCAGUCAACUGUAGAAUUCGGUAUUGUCACAUAGAAACAGGGGUGUGUCAGGGAUGUAAACCUGGAUACAAAGGUCAUCAAUGUGAACAAGAAUGUGACAGCAGAAAGUAUGGUGAAGGAUGCCAGUAUGAAUGUGGAAAUUGUAAAGACAUGGGACAGUGUCAUCAUAUAAACGGCACAUGUCUGGACGGAUGUGAAGCAGGUUUCAAGGGAGGAAAAUGCGUAAAACAAUGUGACAGCAGAAAGUAUGGUGAAGGCUGUCAGUAUGGAUGUGGGAAAUGUAAAAACAAGGAGCAGUGUCAUCACAUAAACGGCACAUGUUUAAACGGAUGUGAACCAGGUUUCAAGGAAGGAAGAUGUGUAGAACAAUGUGAUGGAAAUAAAUAUGGAGCGGGAUGUCAACACAGUUGUGGAUCAUGUAUAAAUUUAGAACAGUGUCAACACGUAAAUGGAUCUUGCUUGAAUGGGUGUUAUCCGGGCUACCAGAGAGAGACCUGCAAUGAGAAAUGUAAUGAUGGACUAUUUGGAGAAAAGUGUAAUAUAUCCUGUGGAAGAUGCCAUAAAUCGAAACCGUGUCAUCAUAUCAACGGAUCGUGUAUGAACGGAUGUGACAGUGGCUUUCAUGGAUGGAAUUGCACUGAAGAAUGUGAAGAUGGUUACUUUGGUGAAAACUGCGUGGAAACAUGUAGCCAAACGUGCAGGAGCUGUAAUAAAAGUUCUGGAAUAUGUGACAGUGGCUGCUAUCCAGGGUGGAAGGGAAUUUAUUGUGAUGAAGAAUGUGAUGGAAAUAAAUAUGGAGCGGGGUGCCAACACAGGUGUGGAUCGUGCAUGAAUUCAGAACAGUGUCACCACCUUAAUGGAUCUUGCUUGAAUGGGUGUAAUCCGGGCUACCAGGGAGAGGCCUGCAAUGACACAUGCGAUGAUGGAGUGUUUGGAGAAAAUUGUGAUACAUCAUGUGGAAGAUGUCUUAAAUCGGAACCGUGUCAUCAUAUCAACGGAACAUGUUUGAAGGGAUGUGAAAGCGGUUUUCACGGAUGGAAUUGCACUGAAGAAUGUGAAGAUGGUUAUUUUGGUGAAAACUGCGUGGAAACAUGUAAUCAAACGUGCAGGAGCUGUAAUAAAAGUUCUGGAAUAUGUGACAGUGUCUGCUAUCCAGGAUGGAAGGGAACGUAUUGUGAUGAAGCUUGUGAUGGUGGAUUGUAUGGCGAAAAUUGCAGUAUUCACUGUGGUAUGUGUCUAAACUCGGCACAAUGUCACCCCAUUAAUGGGUCAUGUAUGGACGGAUGUGACAGCGGCUUCCUGGGAGAGAAUUGCACUCAAGAAUGUGCUGCUGGAUUUUUUGGCGAAAACUGCUUAGAAAUAUGCAAGGUGACAUGCAGGAGCUGUAAUAAGACUACAGGGAUAUGCGACAAUGGAUGUCACCCUGGAUGGAAAGGCUACUACUGUGAUAAAGAAUGUGACGGCGGUGAUUUUGGAGAGGAUUGCAGUCGCAGCUGUGGACACUGUAAUAACACAGAACAAUGUCACCACAUCAACGGAAUUUGUUUAAGAGGGUGUGACUUGGGAUACAAAGGAAUUAAUUGUACCGAAGUUUGCGAAUAUGAUCACUAUGGAUAUAAUUGUAAUCAAAAUUGCAGUUCAACAUGUUUUAAUAAGUCGUGCAAUCGCGAAGAUGGAUCUUGUGAUCGGAUUACAACAAACCUUAAUGAACAGAAGGGAGGUGAUGAAGUGGCUUCUAUAGUUGUUGCCAGUAUAAGUGUACUCAUAGUGUUGAUAGGCUGCAGUGCGCUAUUUUUCAUCAUACUCAGAUAUAGGAAAGCGAAGGAACAAAGACAACAAGAAAUGACUGAUAAUACUGGAUUCGACAGUAUGUAUAUGAAUGCUGGCCCUAGUAUCAGUUCAGACAACGAGAAAAGACGAACAGAUGGCAUAUACAAAGAAACAAACAAAGCCCAGGGUUCCCCCAGGCUAACGACAACAAAUAAUGUUAGAAAUGAUGAAAUGGAUGAUAGUAACGAUGAUUUGUACGUGAAUGAAGCAGUAACAGAUAUUUUGAUUGAACAUUUAGAAUCAGCUAUUGCAGUAAAACGGGAAAAUGAAAACAAUGGGUUUCGGAAGGAGUACGCUGCACUUCCUCAUGGUGAACAACAUAAAUGCGACGCUGGAAAACUGCCACAAAACGUGCCCAAAAAUAGAUUCAAAACCACGUUUCCAUAUGAUCAUUCACGGGUCAUAUUAAGGACAAAAGCAGAUGAAGAAUCCACCGAUUAUAUAAACGCAAAUUAUAUUGAUGGGGCAAACCGGAAAAGAGAAUACAUCGCUGCUCAAGGACCGAAGCCGAAUACAUUGAGAGAUUUCUGGACGAUGAUCUGGCAAGAAAAUGUGUCUGUUAUUGUUAUGUUGACGAAUCUCAAAGAAGGAGACAAGAUCAAAUGUGCCCAGUACUGGCCAGAUCAGAAUAAACACACAAACUAUGGAAUUGUAUCAGUGAAGAUGAUUGAGGAAAAAGAAUACGCUUUCCACGUCGUACGCCAUCUAACUGUGAUCAACAAGGAGCUGAAGAAGUCACGUGUUGUGACACAUUAUCACUACACCUCGUGGCCGGAUCAUGGAACGCCUGACCCACUGUGCCUUGUGAUUUUCCAUAAUCACGUGAUAAAGGCAACUACCAAUCAGAACGAUGCACCCAGCGUUGUCCACUGCAGUGCCGGUAUUGGACGGACAGGGACAUACAUCGCUUUGGACGCUCUAUCCCAGAUUGGCAGAAGGACAAAGAAGGUGGACAUCGCUAAGUAUAUCAGGAAAAUGAGGGAAAACAGGAUGACCAUGGUCCAGACAUACCAACAGUACAUAACUGUAUUCAUUGCCUUACAUGAAACUUUCAUGGCACCCGUCAGGCUAGACAGCAUUGCCGACUUCAGUAGGAAAGCUGAAAAUACGGGAAGGGACAUGCCAGCCAAUCAAAACGUUAUACUUAAAGACGUUAAGGUACGGAAUGAAUUUGAGCUUCUGCUUAAAAUUCGACCAACGUACACUGAUGCAGACUACAAAGUGGCGAAACAAAGCAGUGGAAAUAGAGCGCACGGAAUAAUGCCACUUGAUAAGUAUAGCUUGCACCUCUCUUCUGUGGUUUCCAAACGAGGUCAAUACAUCAACGCCAUUGUUGUUCCGUCAUACACCAAAGCAAGUGGUUUCAUUGUGACUCAAUAUCCACCGACAGGGGACGCUGUUGAUUUCUUGCGUCUUCUCACCGAUCACGAAUCUGACACAGUUAUCUUCAUGGAUCCACUAAUUGAUAUUGAAACGAGCAAUGAAUGGCUACCAAGAGAUUCCUCUUCCAAAGCAGUUCCUCCGUUUUCAGUCCAUAGCCAGUCCAGCUCCCGGACCGAUGUUACCAGCACCAUCCUAAGCAUUCAUCGGGAUAACUCUGAAUGCGAGGAUCUUCAAGUGACAGUUAUUGAACCGAAUGUCAGAAUCAAAUCAACCGGGAAACAUCUGGACACAUCCCAGCUUCGGAGUCUGGUGUCAGCGGCUCGAUGUACAGAAUCAGAGAACCCCAUCACUCUGGUCAGCAGAAAUGGCGCUUCCUUGUGCGGUAUUUUCUGUGCCGUCCACAACCUGAUAGAACAGAUCAACUUAGAUGAUGGCGUGGAUGUGUUCACUGCUGUUCGGCAGCUUCAAAUCAGGAGACCGGAAUUCUGUGCUAAUCUUGAGGAAUAUGGUCUGGUGUACAAAGCGGUUCAUGAUCACAUUCAGAGUACUUCCGAAAACGUCUACUACAACCAAUAGAAUGUUCUGAAACACGUUACAACCAAUAGGAUACUUCAAAACAUCUACUACAACCAACUGAAUGUUCCAAAACAACCGAUAAGAUGCUUCAAAACAUAUGCCACAUGUACAACUAACAUAUCGCUUCAAAAUAUCCAUAAUAACAAAUAUAAUACUUUACAGCAUUUGCUACAGCAAGAGCACUUCGACUGCAAAAAGCAGAGCAGUCUUAGGAAAUGUUUACUACAAACAAUAGAAAACUUCUGGCAACAUAACUACAUUUAAUGGAGAAUCUUAAUCAAAUGAAAAAAUACUUUGAACAGAAGCUUUAACGAAAAUGUCAAUUAGGUAGAGACGUUACCAGGUCUAGAUGUAGUGUCAAAAAUUUAGACAAGAAGAUAUUUUGUAAUAAAUUGUAAAAUAACACCUAUAGCUGGUUGAAUCUUUAGAGUAUGCAGUCAAAUUUAUUCCUAUCCAUAUUGCUGUUAUUAUUUUGCAUGCCAAUUUUAUCAUUAUUUUUUAUCAUCAUCACUAUUCUUAUUAUUGUCAUUAUUAUUAUUAUUAUUGUAUUUAUUCUUAUUAUUACUAAUAUGAAGAAUUAUUGAUAAUGUAUUCUAAGCAGAAAAAAAAUGACUACGGAUACAUAAAAGUAAAAAUAUAAAAAUAGUUACAAGUCGUAUUACAUACUAGAACAAUCCAAUCAUAGCGCAAUUAAAACAACUAAUGACAUGUACAUGUUGUUAUGAAUUAGGAUAACAAGACAUUGAGGCACAAACCCUCUAAUAAUUCGAAUCUCAAACAUUUCCGGUAUUCUAUUUAGUGCUUAGCCCCCAGUUUAGUUUAAAUAAAGUACCACUAGACUGAUGAAGGUAUAUGGCAAAAGAUCUAUAACCACACGAACCUGUUUUAAUCUUGAUACAAUAAAUUAUCAUUAAUGCAAACACGAUAUGACAUAAGUUUGUGUACAUGACACGUUUUCUUUUAAUUCAUACGCAUGCUACUUCAUCACCAGAUACUGAAGAAGGUCCAUCGCCCGAUAUGUACCCUGCGUCUGAUUCAUAAUCCACAGUUGCUAAUUUACACCACAGAUGCGCUCAUGUCAACCUAACAUGCUUGAAUAACCAUGAUAAUAAUUUCGGUGCCGCCUUCCCCCUGGAAAAACUAUUGCAAAAAUACAGAGUAGGGUAAUUUGGUUAAUUGUAUAUUGGUUAACGUCUCACUCGAGAAUAUUUCACUUGUAUAGAAAAAUCACCAUUGCCAGUGAAGGGCUGCAAAAUUCUGGCCUAUAAUCCGGGAUUACGACCUUUUAUCGUACCACACCUGCUGUGACACGGGAUCUCGUUUUUUGUGGUCUCAUCAAGAUGAAAGUCUGAAAUAUGUCUUUCGAUGCAUCAUGAAUACAGGCUAUUGGUAGAAAAUUCAUAUAAAUAAAGCUAAAUGUCAGCGUAAACAGUUAUUAGUUAGAAUUUACAUUUUCUGAGUAUCCUUAGACUACAUCUCUGCCACGGUUUCAUCAAUGUUCGUGGCAUUCAAAUAUUCAUGAACUUUUGUAGGAAAUGUUUCGUUGAUGCAUCAGUUUGUAGACAUACGUAUACUGUAUACUGUUCUUCCUUUUGAAUAAAAAUAGUACUUCGUUGGGUAUCUGGUUUAGGAGUCUUGUACAAUCGUGUAAGUAAAGAACAUCGGUGUCUAACAAAGAGAAAGCUCAAAAGAAACGGAAGCACAGACGUUACACCAUCACUUAAUCUGUCUCGCCGCUGUGUCACUGAGGGUGAUAAAGGCUUCUAAACUCGAGUGAGUUAUGUGCUUUAUGUAUAUCUUGGUUGACUGCAAAUGAACUCAACGAAACUUACUGGUAUUACAAAUACUUACAGAAUGCAUUUUAUCAUUAUUUUCAAUUUCAUCAUUAUUAUUAUCAUUUUUGUUUGCAUCUUUUUAACUGCUGCAUGCUGUAAUUUUAUCCCUAUUUGAUGUACUAAAUUAUAUCAUACAUUUUUAAAAUUUCGUUGGAUUUUAAUUAUUUUGAUUAUAUUUGUCAUUUUCUUUUAUGAAAAUUUGUUGCAAUAAAUUCCAUCAUCCAUUUC